CACUGUUUUCAAUCGCAUCCAAACCUAUCACUCAUUCAAAGCCAUCGAUAGGGAAGACCCGCUGAGAAGAGUUGAGAGACAUUGAGUGGCGAAACAAUCAGUGGCUAUGCCUUCGGCGCCGACUCUCGGCCAUCAGACGAAUGGUCACCACAACCACAAUCAGAGCAAUGGCCAGAACUCGUCGCCCAAUCAUAUGAUGUCUAACGACGACUGCGGUAUUCGCGACGUCUGGGCCUCUAAUCUGUUGAACGAGUUUAAAGAGAUCCGCAAAAUCGUGCAGAAGUACCCCUUCGUGGCGAUGGACACAGAGUUCCCGGGAGUAGUGGCCCGACCUAUAGGCGAGUUCAGGAGUACAUCCGACUAUCAGUACCAACUGUUGCGAUGCAAUGUCGACCUCUUGAAGAUCAUUCAAUUGGGUCUCACGUUUCUGGACUCGAAGGGCGACACGCCGUCGGGUCCGUACACGACCUGGCAGUUCAACUUCAAGUUCAACCUCUCGGAAGACAUGUUCGCUCAGGACUCCAUCGAUUUGCUCACAAACUCUGGCAUUCAGUUCAAGAAACACGAAGACGAAGGCAUCGAUCCCUACGACUUCGCCGAACUGCUCAUGAGCUCUGGCAUCGUAUUGGCCGAUAACGUCCGGUGGCUGUCCUUUCAUAGCGGCUAUGACUUCGGCUAUCUAUUGAAGAUUCUGACGGAUCAGAACCUCCCCUCACAAGAGUCACAGUUCUUCGAAUUAUUGAGGAUUUAUUUCCCUAUCAUUUAUGACGUGAAAUAUUUGAUGAAAAGCUGCAAAAACCUGAAGGGAGGCCUUCAGGAGGUGGCGGAUCAGCUAGAGUUGGAGCGAAAGGGACCGCAACACCAGGCGGGCAGUGAUAGCCUAUUAACGGGCGCCGCCUUCUUCAAGAUGCGUGAGAUGUUCUUCGAGGACAAUAUCGAUGACGCGAAAUAUUGCGGCCAUUUGUAUGGAUUGGGCACUGCUUUUGUGGUGAACGGCAAUUACGAUGAGAACAAUAGCUCUUCAAACGCGAUGACACCGACCAACACGACCACAACCAACACACCGGCGCCCAUAUCUACCCCUUCAUGAUUGAGUCCGACAGCGGUAUCCGACUGUCAAACACUUGAAUGUAUUUGCCAUCGAUUUAUAAUUUUAAUGAGCCUUUUAUUCAAUAUAUCUAUUGAUUUACUACUGAUUUUAUCAUAUUUUCGCUUUUAUUUCAAAAUCAAUUGUUUCAUUGAUUCUCACAAAAAAUCGUUUCAAUUAUUAAAUAAAUUAAAAUCAUUUUUAUUUAAA